AUGAGUGAGAGGAGGCGAUCGGCCGCAGCUCUGAGCUCUAGAGCCCACGCUUUUUCCGUGGAAGCCCUGAUCGGCUCCAACAAGAAGAGGAAGCUCCGGGGCUGGGAGGAGAAGGAGCUGGAGUUGUCCAUGGAGAGCCUCGCCACGGACGGAGAGGAUCCAGCGCACUGUCUGGACAUGGACCCGGUGUCAGACGUGGCUGCCGAAUACUUGGAUGAAGUGAAGCAGCUGACAGAUCUCAUGCUGCCCCAUCUGAAGACUGUCCUGGCCAGGCAGAGGAUGGAUGAGGAGACCUUCCCAAUGGACCCUGUCAGUGAACAGGCUAGUAACAUUGAUGGCACCCCUGUGCACAACAUUGGGAUGGAGAGACAAUGUGGCAAGGUGGACUACAAACUGAAGAAGUUGGGCACACUGAACGCAGUCAAUAGGUAUGUUUAUCACAGCUCCAAGUGGAUGGUAGCAGGAAAUGCUGAUUCUCCGGUACCGCCGCGAGUUUACAUCCAUCCAGACUCUCUGGCUUCAGGAGACACCUGGAUGAGGCAGGUGGUCAGCUUCGACAAGCUCAAGCUCACCAACAAUGAGCUGGACGACCAAGGCCAUAUCAUCCUCCACUCCAUGCACAAGUAUCAACCUCGUGUUCACAUCAUCAGGAAGGACUUCAGCAGUGAACUGUCUGCUAACAAACCGGUGCCAAGCGGGGAGGGAGUUAAGACCUUUAGCUUCUCUGAGACCGUCUUUACAACCGUCACUGCCUACCAAAAUCAGCAGAUCACCAGACUAAAGAUUGAUCGCAACCCCUUUGCCAAAGGAUUCCGGGACUCGGGCCGAAACAGAACUGGCCUGGAAGCGAUCAUGGAGACGUACGCUUUCUGGAGACCUCCUGUGAGGACCCUCACAUUUGAAGAUUUCACCAACAUGCAGAAACAGCAAGGUGGAAGCACAGGGACGUCUCCCACCACCUCCAGCACAGGAACACCUUCUCCAUCUGGUGCAGCACAUCUCCUUUCCCCCUCCUGCUCCCCUCCAGCCUUCCACCUGGCCCCGAAUACUUUCAACGUUGGCUGCAGAGAAAGUCAGCUUUGCAACUUGGGCUUAUCGGAGUACCCGGCUUGUGCUCGAAGUAACAUGGCAGCUCUGCAAGGCUACAGCGGCCUGGCUGACAGUUCUUAUGGCCGUCUCCAGGCUGCAGGGGGAGCGGUGGCCUCUGCCCAACCAUCUGAUUCGUUCUUGCCACAAAGGACUUCUUCCCUGAUUGCUGCAGGUAUGCAGGGCAGCACUCAUGGCUCUUUGACCGGCAGUGGAAGCGGCAGCAGCUCUGGCAGCAAGAUGGACGCCUACGGGAGUCAACUCGGCUCUUUCCCUGCCUCUCAGCUUCAGUAUGUGAUGCAGGCGGGAGGAAGCUCCGGUUCUGCCUCAUCCUCUUCAUCAGGGUCAUCUCCUUCCUCUGCCCACAUGUUCAGCGGCAGCCACCACCACGUGCAGCAGGGAUCUUACAAUGCUUUCUCCCUCCACAACCCUUACAACCUAUAUGGAUACAACUUCCCCACUUCUCCUCGCCUGGCUGCCAGCCCUGAGAAACCCCAAGGAGGGUUACUCUGCUCCUCUGCUCCUGCGGGCGCCUUUGCCGAGCGCCAGUACCUGCCCAAUGGAAGCAUGGACACGAUGCACAUGAUUGGCAACACCACGAGCAGCCAGCAGGGCGGCAGCUCCUGCGAUGGACGUCAGUAUGGCUCUUCUCAGAUGUCCAUGCACAUGGUUUAAAAACCUCCGCCUGCUCCAUGUUGUCAAACAUACAGUAUUUCAGGUGAAAAUCAAAGCUGCAGUCACUGAGCCUUGGUGCUGCAGUUACACCUUUUGUUACAUUAACAUGUUUCAGAAACAUCCUACCACUCAAAGAGCAAGCAGGUGAAAAACAUUUAUUUAAUUAUUUUUAUAAAGACAAAAAACAUUUUGACCGCAGCUCAGUGUUUUUACUGUUGAAAGGAAAAUUCGAAUUAGUGUUUGGAGAAGAAAAGGGAAUCCAGAUGCUCUGGUCCAGAAGACAUGUUUAUAUGUUACGGUGCAAUAGUAGAAACAGCUCUUUCGACUCAGUCUUGAUUUUCUAGGAAUUUAAAAAGCCAUCAGUUUGCGCUGCUGCGCUUAAACCAAAGAGUCAUCAUUGUCAUCCAGAGGAUUUUACUUCGAGUGCCGCUUAUGCCGUUUAUGGACGAAUGUUCAGGAGAACUCUGCCAUGGUCUGAGGUUUAGGACAGAAUGAAAGGGACAACUGGACAAUAACAGUGAAUUAGUCACUGCCCCACAUCCUUGCUGGAAUUAAGGACCUCAAUGCAAAGCCAGUUCUUUCCAAAAAGUAAAUGAACAGGACUCCACCGUGCAACUUUACCCACCUACCUUCCUUAAAAACUGGAAUUCUUCAGAAUGUUUGCAGGAUUCGUCUGAUAUGUAUACAUAUAGUGGAAAAGUAUCUGCCUUCCUAAAGGUUUUUUUUUUCUCCUGCUUUUGCUGUUUUAUCACACCUAAAUGUUCCUGAUCGUAUCAGGUGAAUAUAACCUGAGCUAAUACCAAACACGUUUGUUUUUCUUUAUUAAUCUAACUAUAAUCACUAAUAAAAAACUGGAUCUAAUUUAACUAGCCACACAGGGGAUUUGUUGAAUCAUGAAAGGAUACAAAUAGAAGAUGUUUUACAACAUGACGCGGACAAAGAUAUUCAAGACUAACCAUUAUCUCCUGAUUCAUACAUAUUAAAGAAUAUAUACGAAAUAUCUGAUUGUCUGGUGAGGCUUAGAAAGCAUUGAUGCUCCAGUAAACCAGAAAGAGAGUAAAUCCAUUAAUCCAUUGUCUUCCACUUAUCUGAAAUCUUUGCUGCUAAACAGUCAGAAUCAUUUCAUAAAAUUGCAUAAGACGUGGUAAAAGAAAAUAAAUGUUUCUAGGAGUUUAAAGUUAUCUUGAAGGGCAUGGAUGAAUAAAAAAAUAUAUACCUCUUGUGGCUUUAUUUGCCUCAGGUAUUAUUAAUGUUCACAAUGCAAAAGAAAGAAAGAGGCUGGGCAAUUUAUUUUCCCAUAGAUUACUCUGUGUUCUUUAGGGCAAAGGAAGACGAACUAUGCAAAGCACAGUAACAAGUUCACAUGUUAGGACACAAAGAAAAAGAAAAAAACAGUUAAAGGCAAUUAAAUGGUCAAGUCAAAACCUGGGAUUAAUUCAAUGUAAGAUGUCAUGGCCUGAAAAGAGUGUGGUUUGAUGAAACAGCUCUGUAAAAAAAAAAAAAAAAA